AUGUUAGAGAACCUGACUGAAACUGACCAGGUCGAAGAUUUCAAAAUACUAGCGGCAUACGUCAAUGGUGAAUCCAAGUUCCCACAGACAAGAAUAAUCAUGGGUGCAUAGGACUGGUUCCGUGCUAGAAAUUACAAGGUGGUAGAGCCUUACCAGAAAAAAGACUACUCUUCCACCCAGAGGCAUAUAGUUUGUGAGUUCUUCAACCACAACAACAUAUUCAAAAUGAAGGUGGGUGACCUUGUUGAUACCUUCCUAUCUACGAGGUAGAAGAAGUAAGGGUUACAGACCUCUAUAACCACCAUCAAAGUGAGAGAUGAAAGCAUUAAGAGUGGUAUCGGCUCUAUCUUUUUUGGAGAUGUUGUGUAAUACAUCUCGGAAACCACCCAUGGUAUAAACUAUUCUGCUGGUUACAUGGUAGUACAGCAGUACUAAGGCUUGAAUCCACAUGGAUUCUAUAAGAAACUCGGGUUUGUUGCUGCUCCUAAGGUGCUUGAGUCAUGGAUAAUAGAUGAUUCUGACCUCACUUUUUGUUCUCUCGAGCAAUUUUAUUCGUCCAGAGCAUAAAAAUUUGAUGAGGAAAGAUAAGACGUCAAGAGCGAUGACUCUGAAUAGAUAUUCAUCCCUGACUAUAAAUCUAUUUGUGAGGUAGGGUCUGCCAAGUCAACUUCUCGGCGUGACAAGCAUUGCCACUAUGGAAAAUGUGAUGGCAAACUCUAAAGAGGGAUACACUGGGCCCGCCACUUGACAAAGGUCCGCCAAGUAGAAGGCAAACUUGGUGAUAGUUUGUACUCUCUCUGCUCUGGUACCGAUAAAUGUGGUUCCUGUAUCAAAUUAAAAUCUACUGUAGUAUCCAAGGCGAAAGAUCCUUCACCCAACAAGAUGGAUGUACAUCAAGUGUAGCGUUUGAAGCCAAUGGUAAUAUGCACACCAUGCAUAAACAAAAAAGAAGGAAAGGGGAGUCAAGGCAACUCAUAUUUCAAAAGUUCGGAGAUCAGUGAAACUAUCAAGCCAUAGGUACUUGAAGUAUAGGAAGAUGAUGUUAAUGCCUAUAGAGAGGAUUAAGAGGUGAUAAAAAAGUACGAAACUCUCUUGAGGAGACCUAGCCUUGAUGCUUUUUCUGUCUCUCCUAUUUCCUUCAAUAACACCACUGCUGACACUACUGAUAUGCGUAUGUAGAUUGAUACUACUAGAAAGUAAGGACAACUUACUUUCUAUAACACUCUUAAGAUGAUUGGAAGAUCUAAAGAAAAGGUAGUGCUCCUUGCUGAUAGUGUAUUAGAUGUAUGCCAUCUGUUUGUAUGCGAGUACGCAGAGUAGUAUAUUCAAAAUAACAAAUGUAAACAACUCAUUGACUGUAUCAAUCUACUACUUGACCAUGUAGAUACAUUGACUCACUAAUCAAUGAUUGGACUAGUUACUGCUGCAUUCAUCAUUGGAUAAUCCUGCUGGUAAAGUGUCGUGAGUACACUCAAUAUAAAAACCCCUGAGAAUAGAGAAUCUCUUAUGUAAAAGUUCUCUUUGUAUGUGACCAUUGACUAUGAUAUGCAAGCUGCUAAGUGGUUUAAGUAAUACUGGAAGUACAGCACAGAUCAACAUAUAGACUAAUGCAGGUACUUCAAAAUAUCUGACACAAAGAAUAAAGAACUUAUAAAGAAGCAGUAAGUACAUCUCGAAUAGAGUUUCAUUGCUUAAUGGCUGGAGAUAUUAGAAGCAGAAAAGACUACUGUUAACAUUGCUGAUGUCAUUUCUAUACAGCACUUCCUGAAUGAGCUAUAACAAAAGUACCGUAUUCUUACCUACUUACAGGAUGAUAUCACAUAGAUUGACGAUGAUAGGUUCACUAUGAUACUAGACAGUAUCGAUAUCAAGCCUAACAGUAAGUAGUUCGCUCUUGCUUAAUACUGUGUUGCUAAACUUUACAGUUCUAGACGGUAACUAUGGGUUAUUCAUUCCGGCUAAGGUAAGUCAAGGAUCUCUGCGAGUAAUGCUAUGAUUACUUUGUUGUGCGGAUCAGUCACUAGGAUCCAUAUGGUGUUCCCUAAUGAGGAACUCAAGGAGAGAGACAGAGCAGACUUUUAGAAUCUCUUCCUGUUUUAGACAGAGGGUGAAGACAUGAUAUCAUAUCAUGUUGGUAUAGACUUUAUACAAAUCGAUAACUCCCUCAUCAUAGUGGAUGAAGCUAACUACUUCAUGUUUGAAGAUCCACCCAAGUUCAAGCUGUUUUUACAGAACUCUCCCUAUAUAUGUUUCACUGCUACUCCUGCCAACAGUAUUGUGGAAAAGAAUGUUGCCGCUGAAUUGAAAUUCGAGCAAUACUCUUAUUCUCUAAAUGAUGAUACAAUCAUUGAUAAGUCGGGUGCACUCAUGGUUGAUGUAAACUACAAAGCAUCAGCAUUAGAAGAGAAAGCAAAUAACAUCAAGGAGCUCGCCAAGUCAACACCAGUGCUAGUCUACUGCAAUGAAGAACUCACUAAAGCGAUUGUCACUGCUGGUAUUCCUCCUGUUAUGAUUGAAGCAGGAGUUGAUUAGGAGCGCCUUCGCCAACUAGGCAAGUUGAAUGCUGACACUCAGAAUUAUACUAUCGUUGUAUCAGAGUAGAUGUUUGGCGUGCCUGGCUUCGAUAACAGAUCAGAGUCUAUCUCUAUGACUCUCAUAAUCGCAAAGAGCUUCUGGAACAGAAGAGAUGCUGUUCAGAUAUUCACAGAGUGGGAAGCUUCGGAGACAAUUGCAGCAGGGUUCAUGAACGCCAUGAAGAUAGAUUAUGUAGUUCUCAAGCCUGUAGUGGUUAAGAAAGCAACCACUAAAUAUAAGGGAAAGAGUGCCAAGAGACAGAAUCAGCUUCUAAAGGAAUGA